AUGCUCAUCGAUGGUGAGAAGUGGGCUUGUGAAGCUUGCGUCCGGGGUCACCGGGUCAGCAGCUGUCACCACAGUGACCGCCCUUUGACCCACAUCAACAAGAAAGGCCGUCCAGUCUCUCAAUGCACUCACUGCCGCGGUCUACGCAAGUCUCGGACAACCCACGUUAAAUGCGAGUGCGGCGACAAGAAGAAGAACUCGUCCGACUGUCAUACCGAGGACUCCCAUCAUCGCUGUGGCUGCUGCCAUGGCCAGCGCUGCACCUGUGCGCUGAAAAAGGAACACCAUCUGGACCCCGUGCCCGAGACCGGCCUCCCCUUGUCUCAACCUUCGGCCCCCGCUGAACCCCCGCGGAAGCCCUUGCUCACAUCGACAAAAUCCGAGUCGACGCUGACGAUUUUCCGCGAUGGUCACCACAAACCUGCCCAUAAACAUAAUGAUAUGGCCCACAAGUGCGGGUUACCUUACACCAUCCCGCGAUCGCAUACUAUCCACCAUCCCUCCGACAUGCCUCGUCGCUCGGUAGACCACCUACCAUUGACCCAGUCGGCGUUCCUCAAAGACCCCCUCCCCUUGUCGAUGGAGCCGCGACCCCAAUCACAACAAGCGUCCCAAAAGGGUUCUCCCGACAGCGCGCCGGCUGCCGACGAUAUCGCGACAACCCCCGUUGACCCGUCCUUCCUAGACAAAUUCACUUCUCCCGCACUCCCUCCUUCGGCCCUGGACAAGGCCAAAGAUAAACCGUCGAACCCGACCUCGGCUCCCGCUACGAUGGACAAGUUUCCGCUGGAACAAAUCAUUACCAGCGUGCCGCCGCCGCUCGAUGUCUCCACCUUCACCUCCUUCCCGAAUACGACGACCAACUCGCCGAUUACAUGCAUGGCCUUCCAAGAUCAUUAUCAGGAGCAGUAUUUUACGUCCCCUGACUCAGACAUGCCACUGGGCUCUGCGGGUAUUGGCGCUCCCUCGGUGGAUUGGUCCAGUUUCCCCUUGUAUUCGUCCGAUGUGCCAGCCACCAGCACGCAAACCCCAUCCUACGCUAGCUUCGACCACUCCUAUCCUUCUGGUCUUCCGCCACCAUCCUCCUCGGGCGAUCUCUCCGAAGCGGACGAGUUUGGGCCACUUCCGGGUCUGGGACAUGCCGGCAGCAAUGACAUCCACGAUCUCCACAGCGUGAGCGAAUCCUCGGACAUGGAUCACCUCCGCCUCAGCUCCGCGUCCUCAUUGGUUGGCCUGCCUCAGACGCAGCUUCUGUCGUCGAAUGAUCUCGAUUCGAUCAACAUCGACGACUUCCUCAAAUCGGCGAAUGAGUCGACUGCCGCGCUCGAGCACCAGCUGCAAGCCAGCAUGGGGCUGGAGCCGAAAUCGGUCCCCGCGCCGGACAACUAUGGCAUGUCGCAGGCGCCGAUGACGACCGCAACAUCUAUGACGAGCGGCCCCUCGCCGCCGGACUCGGUGCCUGUGUGGCCGGCGUCUCUUUUUGCUGAUUCGGGAUCCACCCCACCACUGGAUGAAUCUUAUUUCCGACAAUCUUGGGCGCAAUAG